AUGCGCAUCCACACCCAGCCACAGGCGGAUGACCUCACCCCUCCUCAGAGCCAAGGCCCCACCAGCAACCCCAACCCACUGUUGGAACUGGGCCCCGCCCUGCCUCAUCCCACGCCCAGCCAGCCUGUUAUAAACAGGUGGCUGCCUGGCCAGUGUCGGGCCACAUCCCACUUUGUCUUGUCACCUGCUAGAGCUGCCAUCACUGAGGCCACCCACCACGGGAGAAUGGAGGCACCUGCAGAAGGAGGCUCCAGCUUCCAGGUAGGAGCCACGGCCCAUGCAACCAGUGGUUCCCCAGUGUUCUGUGAGGCCCAGCGGCCCCUGCCACCACUGCUGGAGGGCAGGCCGAGAGAGAGGCUGGUGGAGCUACACACCUCCUUCAGGGAGCUGUUCACCUUCUUCUGCGCCAACGCCACCAUCCAUGGGGCCAUCCGCCUCGUCUGCUCCAGCCAGAACAGCCUCAAGACGGCGUCCUGGGGGCUGCUGCUGGUGGGCGCCCUGGGGGUGUUCUACUGGCAGUUCGGGCUCCUCUUAGCACAGUACUGGCGCUACCCGGUCAUCAUGACAGUGUCCGUGCACUCGGAGCUGCGGCUCUUCCCAGCCGUCACUCUGUGCGACAUGAACCCACACAGGCCACGCUCAGCUCGCUACCAUCUGCAGGCACUCGACGAGUUUGCCCGGGAGAAUAUCCACUCUCUCUACAAAUUCAACUUCAGUGAGAACAGGGACGUCCUCUUUGCUGAUGACCGGCUCCCACAGCCUGCCUUCUACCUGGACCGCGGGAUCCGCCUACAGAGGCUGAGCCAACCAGGUGGCCAGAACAAAGUGGGUUUCCGACUGUGUAACAGCACAGGGGGAGACUGCUUCUACCGGGCCUUCUCGUCAGCCGUGACAGCCGUCCGGCAGUGGUACCGCUUCCACUACGUGAACAUCUUGGCCCUGAUGCCCCCCGCCCGCGAGGACAGCCACCACAGCCACGGAGGCCACCUUGUCUUCUCCUGCCGAUUCGAUGGCCAGGACUGCCAGGCCCGGCACUUCCAAACGUCCCACCACCCCAGCUAUGGUAGCUGCUACACCUUCAGUGGCGUCUCAGCCGCGCAGCACCCGGGCAUCACCCAUGGGAUCAGCCUGGUCCUCAGGGCUGGGCAGCAGGACCACCUCCCUCUGCUGUCCACGGAGGCUGGCAUCAAGGUCAUGAUUCAUGGGCAUGACCACACGCCCUUCCUGGAGCACCAGGGCUUCAGCAUCCGGCUGGGCACCGAGACCACCAUCGGCAUCCGAGAGGACGAGGUGCACCGGCUAGGGGGCCCCUACGGCCACUGCACCAAGGGUGCGGAGGGCGUGGAUGUGCAGCUGUUGUACAACGCCUCGUAUACCCUGCAGGCCUGCCUUGUGUCCUGCUUUCAGCAGCUGAUGGUGGAGACCUGCUCCUGCGGCUACUACUUCUACCCCCUGCCGUCAGGGGCCGAGUACUGCAGCUACGCCAGGCACCCGGCCUGGGGUCACUGCUUCUACCGCCUCUACAGGGACCUGGGCACCCACCGGCUUCCCUGUACCUCCCGCUGCCCCAGGCCCUGCAGGGAGUCUUUCUACAAGCUCUCUGCCAGGACCUCCAGAUGGCCUUCCUCCAAGUCAGCCGACUGGAUCCUGGCCGUGCUGGGCAAGCGACGCCACAGGAGCCUGAGCCAGAGCCCAGGCCUCAGGAGCAACGUGGCCAAGGUGAACAUCUUCUACCAGGAGCUCAACUACCGUACGGUGGACGAGACGCCCGUUUACUCGGUGCCCCAGCUGCUUUCAGCCACGGGCAGCCUCUGGAGCCUGUGGUUCGGCUCAUCGGUUCUCUCUGUCCUGGAGCUGCUGGAGCUGCUGCUCGAUGCCAUAGCCCUCACGCUCCUACGGGGCUGCCGCUGGCUCCGCGGAGCUCGGGGGUCCCAGCCAGGGGCAGCCACAGUGGCAUCCCACGCCAAGCCAGAAGCCAACCAGUUGCCUGCUGACUGCAGGGAUGACAUUAAUCAUCUGGGGGCCCUGCUGGCCUCAUCUCCCACGAUGCUUCCAGGAGCUCUGGCAGGAGUCUUUGCUGAAGAGUUAGGCCAAGUGAGGGGCCCAGCCUCCCUGCACCUGAGCCAGCCAGACUUGUUCUGA